UACGACAUAUUAUAGUGUGACACCGUGUGGCAACGUGACCUUCCCCUUAUUUAUGACAAGCAUUGAUGCAGAAAACGAGUGAAGUCAAGUUCGGGAAUAUUUAAGACAUAGUGAUAGUGUGCUGCCUUCACGUGUUAUAUUUUUUUAUAGAAUGGAAGAGAAGCAGAGCCUCUUCGGUAACUUAUUUUGUUCCGUUUAAAUCCUUCCGGACAUAGUGGCAGCCUUCAUUUCCUAGUUUUAGCGCUCAGCUGCGGUUUUGAGUUAUUCAUCGCGAUGUUACGGCUCUUCACCACCCAGGGUUUUCAUGAACUCUACAGAUGCAGUCAUUUUGUGGCAUCCUGUGUUACCAAUAGGCAGCUCAUAAGCUUCCUCCCAGUCUGUCAUCACCGAGGAUCCAUCCUUGAACGCCACUUCAAUACUGGGAGCCCAGUGUGGAAAGAUGCUCUCCAGCCCAAAGGAGAUCAGUCCAAGGAAAUAGAGGCAAUAGAUUUGGACAAAUGGAAAUCUGUAAUGAGAUCAAAAGCUGCAGCAGAAGAGAAACAACGAGUCCACAAUGAAGAGGACGUACGUGAUGAUGAUGAAAGCCUCAGAGAACCAGGAGGUGAUUUAAAGGACGGUUAUUCACUGGAGGCAACCAGGGAUCUGGUUGUGAUGUGGCGGCAAGCUGGGAAGCUUGUACCACAGGAGAUGACUGAUGAGGAGGUUCAGACGUUGGCAAAGCUCACGACCAAGUCCUCCAGGAAGAAGUACCUGAAGUUCCUGGCCAUCAAGGAGGGCCACAGAAGGAGCCGUAAGGAGAAGCAGCAGCAGAGGAACGUGGAGAGGGAAGCCAUAAUGGAGCAGAAGAGAGGACAGGCCGGUGAGGCGGAGGAACUGAAAAACACGUUCCUCCUCCAGUUCUGGAGCCGCUCCCUGGACAAGCUGCUGGCCUGGAGGAGCGCCCAGGCCAUGCUGUUCGAUCAGCCGCUAGUGUUUGACAUGAGCUACGACUCCCAUAUGUCCAGACGGGAGGUGGAGAACACAGUGUCCCAGCUGAUGGAGGUGGAAGGGUGGAACCGGCGUGCCACUGAGCCCUACCACCUCCACUAUUGCAACCUGCAGCCAGGCGGGGCUUACGAGAAGGAGCUGCUCAAACGAUACGGUGCAGAGGCCUGGAACCGCCUGCUCAUUACCAGCAGUGACCGCCAGCAUGUCGAUCUGUUCCCCCGCGAACGGCUCGUAUACCUCACUGCGGACUCCCCCAAUGUCCUCCGCACCUUUGACCACUCCAAGGUCUACAUCAUUGGAGCUCUGGUGGACCGAUCCAUCCAGUCAGGCUUGUCGUUGGCCAAUGCCAAGCGUCUGAAGCUGGCCACAGCCCGUUUACCGCUGGAUGAGUUCCUCCACUGGGAGAUAGGAGCCAAAACUCUGACUCUGGACCAGAUGAUCCGCAUCAUGCUCACCCUCAAGGAGACGGGGAAAUGGGAGGAGGCGUUGAAGUUCGUGCCUAAGAGGAAGCAUGAUGGCUUCCACCAGCAGCAGACACAAAAAUGUACAUACAUUAAUAACAAAGUCGGGGGAGUCACAAAUCGUGGACCAGGAGAGGAUGGUGACAGGCCGUUAAGAUUUGGAGAAAGAAAUACAGAAAGGACAUUUAAAAAUGUGGACCAAAGUCUUUACAGGUCCCAUGAAGAGCCAAGGUUCACCAGCAGAGACACAGUGGCUGGACUGCCCAGUGACAGAGCAGCCAAACCAGCUGUAACCAGAGUACGGACAUCAUUUAAGAGCAGUAUGGAUGGAAGGAAAAAUGCAGGCAAAAGCAAGAUGUGGUAUUAUGACGAGUGAAGUGAACCAAAAUUGUAACUUGGGUUAAUAAGGACAUGUUUACAAGCACUGUCUGAAGAAAUGUAAAAAAACUAGACCAGUAGUGAAUAAAACGUUGGAACAGA